CUCGCUCAGCUGUUACGAAAACCUGGCUAUCGGAGACCCUAAGCGCAGCAGUCACUCAGCGACUCAGUCAGUAACAGUAGUCUGUACGUGAUGGACGGCUUUUCAUUCUCCUUCAUUUGCAAAUCUCUCCUGGCCGGGGGUGUUGCUGGAAUGUGUGCAAAGACGACCGUGGCUCCGCUGGACCGCAUAAAAAUUUUGUUGCAGGCACACAAUAAACAUUAUAAGCAUUAUGGUGUGUUCAGCGGUCUCCGAAAUAUUGUGGCCAAGGAAAGAUUUUGGGCGUUGUACAAAGGCAAUGGAGCACAAAUGGUUAGAAUAUUUCCUUAUGCAUCAACUCAGUUCACUGCUUUUGAACUUUAUAAAAGGUUAUUAAAUAAUGUAUGGGGCCACAAUAAAUAUUUAAGCAAAUCAACCUCUGCCAUAGCAGGGUCGCUGGCAGGAGUGACGGCUGUUUUUCUAACGUAUCCUCUCGACACAAUACGUGCAAGAUUAGCAUUCCAAGUAGAAGGAGAACAUAUGUACACAGGCAUUGUCAAUGCAGCAGUAACAAUUUUCCAAACUGAAGGUGGCACUCGAGCUUUGUAUCGUGGAUUCUGUGCUACUAUAUGUGGGAUGAUUCCAUAUGCAGGCCUUAGCUUUUAUUCUUUUGAAAAUCUGAAAUAUAUGUGCAUGAAACAUAUACCUGAAUAUACCUGUAGACCAUGUGAGAAGAAUACAGGAGGGUUAGUGCUUUUAAUUCCAGCAAAGCUUUGCUGUGGUGGUCUGGCAGGAGCUGUUGCACAGACUUUUUCAUAUCCGUUUGAUGUUACUCGUAGAAGAAUGCAGCUUGCAUGGAUGACUGAAGAGACAAGAAAGUUUGGCAUGGGUAUGGUAGACACACUGCGACUCAUCUAUAGAGAAAAUGGCAUUACCAGGGGCUUGUAUCGUGGCAUGAGCAUCAACUACAUGAGGGCCAUUCCAAUGGUUGCAGUUUCAUUCUCUACAUAUGAAUUGACAAAGCAGUUGCUUGGCUUAGACACAGGAUUGAAUAUUAAAACAGGAUAGGGAAGGUACUGUAUAUGCGUUGAAGUACUAAUGUUAAUUUUCGUCAUGCUUAUCGACUCCUGAAGUCUAGGUGUUAUGUUUCUGAUACAGAUUCAUGUAAGAAAAUUUAAGCUUUUUUGUAAGGUUGGCUAUUGUAGUACUGUAUAAAGUUAUUGCACACAGAAUUCACUUGUUCUUUUUACAAACAAAAAAUUUUAUAUUACGUACUUUCCUCUUAGAUUAAUUUUUAUAUUGUAUUUUUUCAACAAAGAAAAAAGUAAUUCUGGCUUAGAACAAAUGAUUUUUAUAACUUAAAAAGUUCAUUAAAGCUGUUUUUUGAGCAAAGGUGUUUGGAUAAGAUCAGUCACAGAGUGAAAAGAUAUGUUUUCCUCACUUAUCAUUUUAUUAAUUAAAGAUCACAGCUCCUCAUUGUAGUUUUAUUCAGUUUGAAGUCAAACAUCUUGUUUUUAAGUAUAUGUUCAUAAGACUGAUGGUUUUAUGUGUACAUGUGUUUUGUGAUCCUUGCAUAAUUUGCAUAAACAAUGGCAUCUGCUCUUAUUAAUGAUCACCUUUGCUCUGUGUUCUUCCAGAAGCACAAAGUCAAUUGAAUGAUUAAUAAAAGAUUAAUUUUGUGCUUCUAAUUAGGUAUUAUUUAUUGUUAUUAUUGUACUGUUAUUUUUAGCAAUAAGAGUAUUAAAUAUAGCAUUAGUUGUAGAGGUAGAAGCAACUGCAGCAUUAGUUUUAGUGGCGGUAGUAGUAGUAGUAGUAGUAGUAGUAGUAGGAAGAGGAGGAGGAGGAGGGUUUAAUAUUACAGUACAGUAUUAUUGUUACCAUUAUGAUAAAUCCUGUUGCUGAUGUUGUUAAUGUCCGUCCAACUGCACAAAUUAAGGCAUUUGGUGAAACGCUUUUAUUUUAAAAACACUGAAAAUCUGUACAUAUAUUCUCACACAGUACAUAGUGAGUAUUCUGAUAGUUUCAUUAUCUUUUCAUGAUAAAGUAGAUUAUAUUGUGAAGUACACCAGGGUUUUAUUUCAGAUAUUUUGCUGAAUGUAAACACAGGGCUAAAGGCAUUCUCUUAGAAUUCCAAGAAUUAUUUUCAUCAUUGGUAUUUUCUGUAAUCACUUUUUUUUUCUCUCCUUUUUUCUUUACUUAAUGAAAAUUGUAUUCAGAAAUGCUUUUAGUAAGUAAGUUGUAUUUUAAUUGUUUAUGCUGUUUGAAAGAGCAGCUCUUCAGUUAAUAAAAACUUGGGCCUUUAAUAGUUUUGUGCUGAAAUAAUAGUGUUGUAACUCAUUUGUAAUAUUUCUAAAUGGAAUAGGAGUGCAUUUUGAUAACCUGAGUGCCAAAAAUGUUAAAUAUUUGAGCAAAUUGAAACUUAGUAGAGCACCAAGAAAAGGCUUUAUCUUAAUGCUGAAGGAAUGUAGACAGGAUGAUAGUACAGUAACAUAAAAAUCAUGAGAACAUGUAUUUUUAUCAUUUUGUAUCGUAUAAAGUGCUGAAGACGUGCAUCUAUCAUUUUAUUAUUACAUUAGUUUUUCAAUCUACAGUGCAAAAAGCAUAAUACCCCUUUGAAGCAUGUUAAGCUCUGGUGGUUGGACGUGACAGAAUGAGUACAUGUUAUCUCCUAGAAGUAACCUUCCAGUUGGUUCCAAGGUAUUUUGCAGGAACCUUCUACAGGUUUUAAUUCUGGAGAUUAGUAAGAUAUAGUCUUUUAUUACCAUCUGUUUUCCAGUAAUCAAGCUGUGCAAUUUAGUUUUGUUUUGCAUUGACAGUUCUUUUUACUGUACAGCUCAGUUUAAUAUUUGAAUCUUAAAUGGGGAAAUAUAAGUUUGUUGGAAUGAAUUUUUGCUUUGAUUAAAAUUUUGAAGGUGGGUGUUACACUGAUGCAUAAUUGCAAGAAUGGUAUACACUGUAGAAAAAAAGCAUAAUAUAUGAUCUGGCACUGUUCCCCCCGCUCAUUCUCACUUUUUUAUGUUGACAGUGAUGUAUAAAAAAUGCAACAGAAAGUCAGAGACAUUAAGAUUAAUUUUAGUGGUGGGGAAUAUGAACUGUCAAACUAGUGGUCAGAGCGUUAUGUCUCACGUCUCUAGAAUAGUCCUAGAACACCUUUAAAAUUUGAACAUGUCUUUGCCUUGGGAAGUCAGCAUAGAUAUACAAAAACUUGGUGAAUUUAAAGAAAUGUUUUCCUGUGGGAUUUUGACAGUGCACCAACUGAAAAUUCCUAAUUUAACCUUGUAUGUCACUGGGUUGUACAAAAUGAUCAUCAAGUUAGGUCUAAUAAUGAAAAUAUAUGGGAAGCAGGUGUCUCGUGUAGGAUUGCUAUGUGUACCAUGCCCUUUUCAGUUUGCUACACACAGCUAAAUGUUGUUACUUUGAUUCCUUGGUGUGUAAGGUUAUUCGGUGACUUUUGGUUGUCUGGUGACUUUUGGUUGUCCAACUUCAAAGUUUUCCUGCUCCACUGUUAUCCAGUAUUUUCAAGAAAGAACAUUUACUGUUGGGCCACAAGGCCUUACAAGGGUAGAUAUUUUGAUUGAAGUUAUGUACUCAUUUUAAAGAAUGCUUUGUAGGUUUAAUGUAUUCUAAUUUCUAAAUUAGAAAUGCAAUGAAUGUUACUAAAAGUCUGUUUAAGAAAAGCUAAGAGACAUGAACUGUUUUGGAUGAACAGUCAUUAGAUUGAAGGUACAGUGUGCAGUUGAAAGGAAUGUAAUUCAGCUUCUACAAUUUUUGUAGUAUACCCUAAUGUUUUCACAAAAUAACACUUAACCUGAGGAGGCAAAGUAAAUUAAAACCCUACACCUUUCUCGCUCUCAAAUUCAAGCUCGGUGAAUGAUAUUCAGUGUAAAUGCCAUGUAUUUACUUAAGGGAAUAUGUGAACCAGGUUUCCACUGGAAAUAAUGGUGUUCAUUAAGGUCACAUGUCUUAAUUUAAUCCAGUUAAGUGUAUUAUAUCUCUUACAUUUGGCUUACUCUAUUUUAGGAUGUGAUGGAGAGAAUUGUCAUUAUUUUUUGUUACUACAUGAGGAAAAUAUUUAUAAAGGGUUUUGUAUAAAAGAAAAAACAAAAAAUUAUUUAUGCAAAUAAAAUUUAUGGAAAGAUUA